AUGCCCCAGCUCCUCGACAUGCCGGAGGAGCUCCUCGAGCUAGCUUUGUCUCGCUUGUCAUUUCGCGAUCUCAUCUCCCUCACCGCGACCAACCGUGCACUGCGCACAUUUAUCCUCUCCACGUCCAUUCGGCUCCAAUACCAGUUUUACCUCGAAUGCUUUGCCGUGCAAGAGCAAUUGCCCGCGGGCCCCGGGCCAGACCCGCCAACCGCGCGCCAGCUGGAGCUCCUCAUUGAGCGCGAGCGACGCUGGCUCAAUUUAGCGCCAGCGCAGACGGCGAUGCUGCGCUGGCCGGGAGACAUGGAAGCACACGUGGUCCCGGGGGGACUCGUUUGCACGUCCGGGUUUGAUUCCCAGGAACAAUCAUCGUGGAACGAGGAGAAGUUCGACGAGGAUUACGGGGUGAAACUCGUUACCACGAGGGUAGCAGCAGUAGCCACUCCGGGCCCACAGCGCGAGCUGCAGCGGCGGCUCGAAUGGGCCGAAUGCACCCUCACCUUCCAUCUCGCGGCGAUGUGCGUGUCCGAGGAGGAAGACUUGAUCAUCGUCUUGGAACAUCUACCCGAUUUAACGAAUGAGGUGUUGGUGGCGCAGCUCCGUUUCCUUUCGCUCUCGACAGGCCUCCCGCAUCCGAGCGGGGCACAAGCUACCAUCAUUCUCGAAGAAUGUACAUUAUCGCCGGAAUUCUGGGACCGUACGCCGCUCGGGAGAACGAGCUCAAUGCAGCGCGCUGGUAGCACGCUUGCGGUGAUUGUUUUCUGGUAUGAGACUCCUGGCAACGAGGUCCUACGGCUCCACGUGCUCGACUGGCCGAGCGGUAGAGAUAUUAUUAGACCUAUGGAGUGCAACGUACCCGUACUCGCCUUCCUCCGCCCGGACGUGCUCCUCAUCGCCCACGCCUCAGAGGCUUCAAGUUGCCUUAAGGUUGUACUAAUUCCGCCGCUGGAAGCGGAGCCCGUGGCAGUGAAGCCGGUGGCCAACUUGGAGUUCCCUCUAUUUGAUGGCGAUGUGGCAAUGGAGACAGAGUUCUGCUUCUGCCGACCAACAGCAUCUCUCGACCGCGCUGCCCGCUUCCCAUCACGCGAUGAUGAUGCCGAGCUGCGUUUCCUUCCACGUCACCGCGAUUCGCUCCUGUUCAUCACAUACCGGGUCGAUUUAUAUACGGGGGGCAUAAUGUUUGAACACACGCUGAUUGUGCGGGUAGACAAGCUGCUUGCCGUACUUGCAGCCACACCGUCCACAGCCGUUUUUACGCCGGACGCCUGGCUCCCGCAGUGUGCACGCUGGAUAGAUCCCGCGCCGUUCUUGCCGCCGGACGACGUGCCGUUGUGCGCCUAUACCUGGCACCUCCAGCAUCUCGCCGACUCCGGGCAGCGCGUCGCCGGGUUUCAGAACCCGGAAAACUUCAUGGGGCCCGUCCCGCUUCUCGUCAUCGAUGCUAACCCAUGGACAGUCGAGCUCGUACAGCGCGCCGCCCGGGCGUCCACAGCUAUGUACUCAGGGCCCAGUAUAGGUCCUGAUCCGCCGAUCUGGCGCCGGCUCGGCAUCCUGCCGGGCAUUGAAGCCGACGGCACCCUGCGCACCGAGAGCGGCGCCGUCCUGCGGCUCGUACUCCCCAGCGACCCCGUCACUGUGGUCACGCAGGAUGCAUUCAACACGUUCGCCGACCCGCCCACACAGUCCGCCCUUGCGUAUGUGGAGAUCACGGCCCCCGCGGCGGCGGGAUAUGACUGCCAGUUCUUGUAUAUGAACAACGAAAGCAUCAUUAUCAGUGGGCCAGAGGAUGAUCCGGAAACAGCUUUGGUUCUGUACUUUGGGUGA